CGCGUGAUAUUCUACCCCACCCGCCGCUGUACCACCACCUCUACCACGACUAGUACUGCCAGGGAGGGGCCGAGCGAAGAAGGGUUUGGUCCUGUCGGCCUUCGCUGCCACCUCCUCCUCCCCCCGCCACCGCGCCCACGGGCUCGCCUACCGCGCCGACUUCACGCCGGGGACCCCCUCUCCGCCGCCGCCCGCCGCCGAACCUGCGGGUCGGCGACGCCCUCGCCGGACCCCCGAGGGAGGCGGGCUCCCGGGCUGCUGAGCCCAGCCAGCAGGGCCGCCGCCGCCGCCGCCGGAUCGCUGGCGCGGCCGCCCCGAUCCGCGAGGACACGAGCCGCCGCCCGCGGAUUUGCUACAAGUUCUUCAGCGGUGCGGAAACCGUUCUGCUAACAAGUUCCAUCGCCGCCAAACGAUACUGACAGCCCCCAUGGCAAAGCCCGGCAUUCUAGGCCGGAGCAGCAGCAUGCCAAGAUCAAAUGAAGGCAUGAGGCUUGUAUUCUCAGCAGUUAUCGGUAUUAUGCUAGGUUACUUGUUUGGGAUAUCCUUCCCCACAGUCAAUAUAACCAAGCUUCAUUUCCCUUCCAGUAUUGUUUCCUAUAUUGAAGAUAGAAACUCCGGAAUCACAACCCAAACAUUGUUGAACCAUGCAUGGACAUCUGCAAACAGUCACAAGAAGAACAAUUCUGAUUCCAAGUCUGAUGAAAUUCCUAAGAUUUAUGUUACCUCAAACCCUAAAGGUGCUGAAAGGCUCCCACCAGGUAUUGUCGUAUCUGAAACAGACCUCUAUCUGCGAAGAUUGUGGGGUGAACCUAGUGAGGAUCUUACUAUCCAGCCAAAGUACCUUGUUACAUUUACAGUUGGAAUUGCGCAAAAGGCAAAUAUUGACGCAGCAGUCAAAAAGUUCUCGGAGAACUUCACAAUUAUGCUGUUCCACUAUGAUGGUCGGACUACUGAAUGGGAUGAAUUUGAGUGGUCAAAAAGGGCCAUCCAUGUGAGUGUUAGCAAGCAAACUAAGUGGUGGUAUGCCAAGAGAUUUUUACAUCCCGAUGUCGUUGCCCGGUAUGACUACAUAUUUAUCUGGGAUGAGGAUCUAGGUGUUCAACAUUUCAAUGCAGAGGAGUACAUCAAGCUUGUUAGGAAGCAUGGGCUGGAGAUCUCUCAACCUGGUUUGGAACCUGAUAGAGGUCUGACAUGGCAAAUGACUAAGCGGCGUGGUGAUCGAGAAGUUCACAAAGUAACCGAGGAGAGGCCAGGCUGGUGUUCGGAUCCCCAUCUGCCACCGUGUGCAGCAUUCGUAGAAAUUAUGGCAACUGUGUUCUCUAGGGAUGCAUGGCGCUGUGUAUGGCAUAUGAUUCAGAACGACUUGAUCCAUGGAUGGGGCCUCGAUUUUGCUCUUAGGAAAUGUGUGGAGCCAGCUCAUGAGAAAAUUGGAGUUGUUGACGCUCAGUGGAUUGUUCAUCAGGGUGUUCCAUCACUUGGUAACCAGGGCAAGUCGGAGAAUGGAAGAGCACCAUGGGAAGGGGUAAGCACAAUCUUACUGAUUUCAUUACGUAUUCUUCACAUUUCAAUGUAAGAGGGCGGUGUAGAAAAGAGUGGGGGAUAUUCCAGGCAAGGCUGGCCGAUGCCGAGAAGAAGUAUUACUUGGAUCAAGGGAUCACGCCGCCGAAUUCGACUUCAGUCUAGACGAAAUCACACGGUGCACAGGAACCAUAUUAGGUUUCUGUUGAGGAAACCUGGCCCUUACCUGCUCAGUAUCGUUCAUGAUGAAAAUAGCAGCUGCCUACUAGUAUAGCUGAAGCUCCCGGGCCAGACCACGUAGUAUAUUAUUGUACCGAUGCCACUUACGGUGGAUUCAGAAUAUGAGUUAGAAGUACAUCUUAUUUAGACACUUUUGCAA